GUGUGGGUGUGCCGUAGUUGGCUGUAGGCACGUGUAAAUAUCGGCUCAGGCUGAGCACUGAGCACCUCAUUCCCAUCCAAGUGCCCCUCUCUUCUUUCUCCAGGCUAGAUCCCUUACCAAGCUGACCCCUUCUUCGUAAACAACCACGUGUCCGAACGUCGUCCGCUUCGGCUGCGGCCUCUCGCCGGCCUGCUCCCGGGAGGCACACUGAACAACGACGCACCUUACGAUGCGUCUGCUGUGUUGGUCACCGUACUUGAUGGUGUGCUACUUGCUACCGGCCCAUGGCUUCGUGCGGCAGCGCUUCAGAACGAGAACGGGUCCCGAGGGACACCGUACGGGGUACGGACGCGGUGGUACCUCGACUGCCACAUCGACUCGACCAACAACAAUAAUAGCUUGUGCGGCGUCGUCAACAACAGCGGUGGACAGCAGUGCCGUCGAGGAUAAACAUAUGUCAUGCUCGUCGUUCCGUCACUGUAGCACAGUUUAUAUCGAGAUGACCGACAUGUAUCGUAUCGUGUACCACGCCAACUACGUUACCUACGCGCAGCGAGCAAUCGAGCACGCGUUUGGCGCACCCGGUGUCCGCGUCCACAGCCUCCCUAUCGUCAAGUACAGAGCGGCGGCCACUCUGGGCGACGAGAUAGCCGUACAGGGAACCCUAGUCUCGUGCGACGACAGCAGCAGCGGUGGCGGGCGCUCGCGCUGGCGCUUCGAGCUGGCCGCCGCUUCCGACCCCUCUCGGGUGUUUGUCACCGCAGAGGCCACCGUUUCUUGGCCGGGAGGGGCAGCCAUGCCCCCGGGUGUGGCGGUAAUCAAACUGCCGAGGAGCGCGGAACCAACGAUGAGUGACGACACGGAACUGCUGCAGCCCUUGCCCGAGGCGUUCACCGAUCCCCCCAAGGCUCUGAAGGUGGUGGUGUGGAGCGAUGAUUUGGAUGUAGGGGGGAAUCUCUCGAUCCGUGCGGUGCUCAACUAUUUCGAGCGGAUACGCACGCUCAGCCUGGGGAGAGGUCAAGACGGCGAGCUUGGGCUGAUGCGACUGCAUCGAGAGGGAGUUUCCGUGGUGGUGACAAGCAUAUCCGAUCUCCGCGUGAACAGCGACGGCUUGGUUGCGGGAGAGACGCUGGACGUGCGUCUAGGAGCAAAGCUAUCCAGGGGCAACCGGGUCAUGACCAUGUACGAAUCUCUGUGGAAGGAGAACGGGACUCUCGUCGCGCACGCGGAGAUCGCGCUGUUCUGCAUGGACAACGAAACUCGCAAGUUUCGACCGGUUCCCGAGUGGGUGCAAGUAGCCAUAAUGCUGCCCUCUGCCGUCCUUUGAAUGCGGAGGGGAGUGUCUGCCUCAAUCCAUGUUAUUCGUGCAGUUCUUCUACCAGAGGCGCAGGGUUACCUUAUUCUGGCAAUUUUUCCACCAGUGCAUGUUUCCCUUGGGGUGUGCAGAAGGUUGGUGCGAUGGUUUCCUCUUCAUACCUGGGUGCCGCCGCAGCAACUGAAGCAGCUACAGUAGUGCUAAAAACGGUCAAGAGCAGGAGUGCCCAGUCCGUGUGCGGUUGCACAUUGCGUGCACGCACAAGCAAGGGUACAGCCCUUGACUUGUCGGCAAACCACCACACGGAGACGGGAAAUGUCUACCCGUUCCUGGUGCCCUAAAUUGUGGGUGCUUUGGUGUCUCCUCAAGCGUUACACUUUCGAAUCAAC